GUUGCGGGAUUCAGUAGCACAUGUUUCCCGUCUAGUUUUGUGUGCGUCCUGACUGACUAAUUCCGCUGUUUUCCAGCAGAGCUCAUUGUGAGAUCGCAGGUCGAGAUGAUGACAGCUCGAGUGUACUGCUCGUUGAGUGUUGUUUUAUUGUGCCUGUCUGUAUGUUUGAGCACAGCACACGCUGGAGUCGCAGUGUCCGGUCAGUGUCCGGCCAAGCUGAUGGGCGCGCUGGCCCGUCGAGGAUGCACUUCUGACAGAGACUGCUCUGGAGGACACAUAUGCUGUUCAUAUCCCUGUGGGCACGUGUGUGUGCCGCCUGUUUUCACCGGACUGCCGAAGCCUCCAGCGAAGCCUGCCAAAACUUCCAAUCCCGGUAUCCUCGGUCUCCUUGGCGCUAGUCAUUCGUGUCGAGAUGAUUUUGCAUAA